AUGUUCUCUCUCUCCUCUCUGCUGUGGCGUAGCUUGUUAUGAGAGAGAGAGACACUCCCGCGAGAAAGAAGCUCUCUCUCUCUGCCCUUUUAUUUAUAUCUCGGAAGACUCUCUUCCCUGUGUUUGUUUCUUCUCUUUAUUGAAAAUCUUUCUAGAGAGAGAGAGCUGUUGGUUUCUUCUCUUGUUUAGAGAGCAAGAAAGGAAAGACUGUUUCUUCCUACAUUUCACCCUUCAACAUGAUGUCCUUGAAUAGAAGCAUCUUUCUGAGUAACGCGGGCAUUUCGAGCUCGUCUAGCCCUUUCACAGGGGGGCAGAGAGGAUCCGUCCCUUCAGUUCCUUCUUCACUGAGGGUAGUGGCCGUCAAUUCCAACAGGGAUCGAAACGGGAGCGUUUUGACGGAGGCCACGCGCAAGGACGUGAGAGAUGGAGCCGCCUCGUCUUCUGUGAUUGACGCCGACUCCAAAUCCACCGUUGCUCCUGGUGGGCCCCAUGACGUUUACGGUGAGGAUGCUGCCACCGAGGAGCAGGUUGUCACCCCCUGGUUUGUCUCUGUUGCCAGUGGGUAUUCUUUGUUGCGAGAUCCACACCACAACAAAGGACUUGCCUUCACUGAUAAAGAGAGAGCCGCGCACUACUUGCGUGGCCUUCUUCCCCCAACAGUCGUUUCUCAGGAACUUCAGGUGAAGAAACUGAUGCAUAUUAUUCGCCAAUAUCAAGUUCCAUUACAGAAGUACAUGGCUAUGAUGGAUCUUCAGGAGAGCAAUGAAAAAUUGUUCUACAAGCUUCUCAUUGACAAUGUUGAGGAAAUGCUCCCUAUCGUCUACACUCCAACUGUCGGUGAAGCUUGCCAAAAAUAUGGGAGCAUCUUUGGCCGGCCUCAGGGUCUGUAUAUUAGUUUGAAAGAAAAGGGUUGCAUUCAUGAGGUUUUGAGGAACUGGCCUGAGAAAAACAUUGAAGUCAUUGUUGUCACUGAUGGAGAGCGGAUUUUGGGCCUAGGGGACCUAGGCUGUCAGGGCAUGGGGAUUCCGGUAGGGAAACUAGCUUUGUAUACAGCACUUGGUGGAGUUCGUCCUUCGGCUUGUUUGCCUGUAACAAUUGAUGUGGGGACCAACAAUGAGAAUUUGUUAAACGAUGAGUACUACAUAGGGCUCAGGCAAAGAAGGGCAACUGGACAGGAAUAUGCUGAACUGCUACAUGAAUUCAUGUCUGCUGUCAAGCAGACUUAUGGCGAGAAAGUCCUCAUUCAGUUUGAAGACUUUGCAAACCACAAUGCUUUUGAUCUGCUUGCAAAAUAUAGCACAACUCAUCUUGUUUUCAAUGAUGAUAUUCAGGGCACAGCAUCAGUGGUCCUUGCAGGGCUUGUUGCAGCCCUAAAGGUAGUUGGUGGAACUUUAGCUGACCACACAUUCUUAUUUCUUGGUGCUGGAGAGGCUGGCACUGGAAUUGCAGAACUCAUAGCCCUUGAGAUUUCCAAACAGACAAAUAUGCCAGUGGAAGAGACUCGCAAGAAGGUUUGGCUUGUAGACUCAAAGGGGUUGAUUGUUAGUUCCCGCAGGGAAUCACUCCAACAUUUCAAGAAGCCCUGGGCUCAUGAACAUGAACCUGUUAAGACACUUCUAGAUGCUGUUAAUGACAUCAAGCCAACAGUGUUGAUUGGAACAUCAGGAGUUGGAAAAACAUUUACUAAAGAAGUGAUUGAAGCCAUGGCCUCCUUCAAUGAGAAACCUAUAAUUCUCUCUCUUUCCAACCCAACUUCACAAUCUGAAUGUACUGCUGAAGAGGCUUAUACAUGGAGUCAGGGGCGUGCCAUUUUUGCUAGUGGAAGUCCAUUUGCUCCUUUUGAAUAUGAGGGCAAAACUUUCAUGCCUGGCCAGGCAAACAAUGCAUACAUUUUCCCUGGAUUAGGUCUGGGUCUAAUAAUGUCUGGUGCAAUCCGUGUCCAUGAUGACAUGUUGCUGGCUGCCUCGGAAGCUUUGGCUGCUCAGGUGACCCAGGAGAACUUUGAUCAGGGACUUAUCUACCCUCCAUUCAAAAAUAUCAGAAAGAUUUCAGCAGAGAUUGCUGCGAAAGUAGCUGCUAAAGCUUACGAGCUUGGUUUGGCUACGCGCGUUCCUCCGCCAAGGGAUCUGGUGAAGCAUGCUGAGAGCUGUAUGUACAGCCCUGCUUAUCGAAGCUACCGGUGAAGUGAUGUGAGCUUCAAAUCAGUCCUAGGCUCAGGAAAAGAAAAGUCCAUUUUCAAUACAAUAAUCAGCUGGGCUUCCAUUUGUUGUUUGUUCUUUUGUUAAUUUUUUUGGGGACUUCUUGCUCUUCCCAGUGUUGUAACUGUGUUAGGCAUUUGGUAGGUAAGAAGCAACAGUAGGUGCUGGUAGUUGGAUGAAUGCAGUCAGAUACAGCAUGAAAAAGUUGUUGAAGACUU